AUGUCAGGUGCUAGCACUCAUGCAACCCCGAUUGUUAUCCAGCAAGAUAUGCCGUUUACAAAUACUUCAAGCCUAAGCGCUCCUAUUCCUUCGCGUUCAUGCCCGGCAACACCAGCUGAAAUGGUCAGAUCUACCCCGAACACAACGUUGAAGGUCAAGAAAAGUCCAAAGAAAAGCCCCUCACGUUGGAUGGAGCGAUCAUCUUUCAAGAUACAUUUUACCCUCCUGAAUUUGAACAACAAAAAGAGAGCCAAAUGUAUUUACUGUGGGAAGAUGUUUAAAGAGGGAGAAUCGACCGGAAACUUGUCAAAGCAUAUUACUGCUGUCCAUCCCAGUGCUAUAAAGAGCAAGAAACCGAAAGUAAGCAAAGAGCAAACUCUGGAUAUGCUUCCCAGGAGAUCGAAGUCGCUCAGACUGAGCGACUCUCUGGUGCAGGAAUGCCAGAAAAACCCUGAGAUUCUAGAAACGCUACUUUUGAUAUCGGAGGGCUUUUUACCCUUCAACUUUGUAAGGCUUCUAAGUUGGGGGAUGAUAAACCGAAGGCACGCAGCCAAUGCCUUCAUCCAAUCAAGAACAACGCUAUCGACCAAAAUUAACCUUUUUAAAAGAUACCUGAAUGAGACGCUGCAUUACAACUUAAAAGACACCACCAUGGUUAAUAUUCAGUUGGAUAUAUGGACCUCUCCUAGCAAUAUUUCAUUUCUCGCGGUAAUGGUUUCUUUUGCUCCGAAUAUCCUCAAUAUGGAAUCACUGGAACUGGCCAAUGAUGCGAAAAUUCUACUGAACAACCGAGGGGAAUCCCGCAACUGUCAUUUACUAGAGUUUGUUAGUCUGGGGCAUAAGCGACACACUGGUUUAAACAUAUACAAGGUUUUCAAGGAGAUUUUACAUAGACAUGACCUUGUUGACAAGCUUGGAACUAUAACCAUGGACAACGCUACAAAUAAUGAGUCUUUUCACAAGAGUCUUGUCUAUGACUACUUGAACACAAUAAAGCCUUCUGGACAUCAAAUGUUGGGCAAAGUUCGCUUUAUCCGUUGCGCUAACCAUGUGUUAAAUUUGAUCUUCGGGAGAAUCAUAAAGAGUUUGUGUGAAGACCUCUUAUUUGCCGACGCCUUCAGUAAAGUGACCAAGCUGGCGAAAAUCAUGAGGCGCUCAACUGCGGUCAAUGCAAGUUUGAAAGAACAUGGUAUACCACUUAUACCAUAUGAAUCACAAACCAGAUGGAUUUAUACCUGGAGACAAGUUACUGUUUUUUUACAAAAUUAUGCAGCCUAUUCGAAAUGGUUCGAAGCACUCGACACAGAAUCCCAUACUCACAUCAUCAAUCGAGUCCAGAGUAUCAUAGCAUUUGAGGAAAAGACAAUUCAAAUGCUGACAUACUUCGUUGAGUGCUGUGAUAUAUUCGGUGAACUGAAUUUCACAUUUCAGAAUGAUGAGAUUAACAAUCUCCCUCAAGGCGUUCCUCUUUACUACCUACUAGGUCACUACUACAAACUGUGCUUGAGUGCGUUUGCCGGAAACCAUAUUCCUAAAACUCCAGGUAUGGAUUUCUCUUAUUUCAAUGGCCCAGAGUAUCUAUCUUUGGAUGAUAAAAGAAUUGUUCUUCAAGCAAUCAAAGAUUCCUACGGCUGCUACCAAGACUACUUAUCUCAUAUCCAGGUGAAUCCUUUGUUCUACGUUGCAGUGAUCCUAGAUCCAACGGCAAAACAAGACAAGCUUUAUGAAAUAAUGGAAGACGAGGAGUUCACGGUUAGAAUAAGCGAAGUUAACUCAUUCAUGCGCAACUACCUGAAAGUACAGAGGUUUAGCUGUGUUACGGAACAGGAGCGGAAAAAGAUUCCUAAAGCUCCUAGCCAUAAAAACCUGCUGUCGUUUAAUAUACGUGUCGCACCUGAUCCGUCGAGGCAUACCGGAUCGGCUGCCAUGGAAGCUGAGUGCAAUGAUGGAAGUCUUGAAGAAUGGGUAAAAUAUCAGAGAGAGCCUGUAAUCGCAGGAAACUCUAGACAGGAAGCGAUAAAAUGGUGGUAUGACUACCGCCAUACUUAUCCGAUGCUUUUUAAAUUGGCAAUGUCUUUGUUCUACACCAAGUUUACCUCCUGUGAUGUGGAAAGGUGUUUCUCGCUCGCUGGCAGGGUUGUUAGGAAAGAUCGAGCACGUUUAAGUCACAAUAACAUAGGAACGUUGAUGAUUUUAAGGGAUCGAUUUUCAAAUUUUGGUUUUUAUAAUGGCGGCCUAGUAUCCGAUGCUAUCUUGGAUGAUGAUGAUUUCGAUAUUAACCUUGACGAUACUACUUACGUUGACUCUCUUCCGGACGUUCCAGACCACGAGCGAGAAGACAGCGACGAUGCCAUUUUUGAAGAAUGGCCACAAGAAUCCUGGUCUCCAGAAACUCCCACUGCUCCCCGGACACCCGAGGAUUCUCUUCGACAGGCUACAGAUAGUCCUACACCUGUGGGCUGA